UUCUUCACUCUCUCUCUGUCCCUCCCUCCCGUUAGCGGCUCAGUGCUGAGAAGGGACGUCUCUCCUGCUCUGAACAGCUCACAUCCUCUCAGGCUCUGACCAGCCUCGUCGUUCUCACCUCCCAUCUCUCCCACAUUUCUGGAUCAGAUGUGCGAAGGGAUUUUAUUGCGGAUUUUUCUCGCUUUCUUGUACUUGUACGCAAAUGUCGCAGGUACGUUAUGGCUUGACCCACCAAGGGCUGUGGUGCGCCACGGAGAUUCUCUCUCUGUAAACUGCAGCACAAAUGUCACAAACCUUAUGCUGGAUUGGGAGAAGCCUCAGGGACACAGCAAGAAGAUAGAUGAUGAAAAGGUCACCUGGACAGUGGAUCACCUUACAGAAUGGGGCACGAAGCCAUUUUGCUACAUGACUCAUACUGAUUAUCGUCAAGAAAAAAUUGAAUUCAACAUUAUCAUAUACAAGACUCCAGAAAGAGUGUCCCUCGCCACUGUGGGUCACUCUGGGCCAGUGAUUGAGGGUGGACAGUAUGAGCUCCAGUGUGACAUUCAGAGUGUUGCUCCUGUUGAGUUCCUCACUGUGAGCUGGUUCAAAGGAGACACUCUAGUGGAUACGAAAACCUUUAAUGACACCACCAAGACUCCAGUGAAUCAGUCACCUACACUCCAAAUCUCCCCCAGCAGAGCUGAUGAUGGUGCUCAGUACAAGUGUAAAGCAGAACUGAAUCUGGGACCAGAUGGACCUCAGCCUCCUCCUAGCGUGACAUCAGAUCCCCUCACAAUUACUGUGUACUAUGGACCAAAUGUUUCAUGUUUAAGCCAUGUUACACUUAAAGAAGGUGAAAUAUUUACACCCAAUUGCUCAGCAGUUGGUAACCCACCACCUGAAAUGACUUGGUACAAGAAUGAAGAGAGAGUGGAUUUCCCAAAACAAAUGGACAGGACUAAUGCAGGAGAGUACAUCUUAACAGUAAUCAGCAGCUCCACUGUUGUCAACCACUCACUGCAAAUUGAGGUGAUGUAUCCACCUGUGAGCAUUUUGGAGCUGCAAAAUAAAUUGGUAGAUUUUGGUUAUGAUGACAGCCUGGAGUGCUCUUCUGAUGCCAGGCCUCACCCACAGUACAGAUGGAAAUACGAUCCUAUGCCAAACGUGAGGACUGAGGACGGUGAUGGUGUGUCUCUGCUAUUCAUAGAUUACCCCACUGGAAUUAACACUGGCACAUACACAUGCACUGCCUCCAAUGAGCUGGGAGAAAUUUCACGAUCUGUCAGCGUUGAUGUAAAAGAUAGUCAAAACAGGGUGACCAUCGAGACUGUGGGGCACACAGGGCCGAUGAUUGAGGACAGAAAGUAUGUGCUCCGUUGUAACAUUCAGUGUGUUACUCCUGUUCAUCAAGUCAAAGUGAGCUGGUACAAAGGAAACGAACAAGUGAAAAAUGCAUCUGCUGAUGACACUAGAACGUCUGAUUCCAACACUUGGUCUCAUAAUCUCACAGUCUCCCAUAACAGAAAUAAAAAAGAAACUCAGUACAAAUGUAAGGCAGAAGUCAUGAAGACUCGAGGAGGACCACUCAUUUAUGUAGGGGAGUCAGAGCUCAACAUUACUGUGCACUACAAGCCUGUUAUCAACGAAACUAAAUUGCCAUCAGUUGUACCAGUGUUUCGGGGUUAUCCAGAAACGCUUGUCUGUGAGGCUGAUGGUUAUCCACUGCCUACUAUCAGUUGGAGCUACAAACCAAAUACUAAGGUUGAGGAAGGACACCUGACCAUAGUGGAAGCCACGAACGAGAAUGUUGGUCAAUACACAUGUACUGCAAGCAAUUCUGUCGAGACCACGGUCAGAACUGUGAAAGUGACCAUGAAAGAGACUCCAGACAGGGCGUCCAUCAGCACUGUGGGUCACACCGGGCCGAUGAUAAAGGGUAGACAGUAUGAGCUCCAGUGUGACAUUCACAAAGUUGCUCCUGUGGAGUUCCUCACUGUGAACUGGUACAAAGGAGACACUGUAGUGGAAAAUAUAACCAUUACUGACUCCUCCAAAAGCCCAGGGAAUGUGUCUGCUAGACUCCAGAUCUCCCCCAGCAGAGACGAUGAUGGCGCUCAGUACAGGUGUGAAGCAGAACUGGGCUGGAACAUAGAUGGAACUCGGCCUCCUCUGAAAGUGUCAUCGCAGGUUCUUGGCAUCACUGUGCGCUAUGGAAACCGCACCAUGUUCUGGGCUGUUGUUGGAUCCUUUGUCGGCUUGGCUUUGGUGAUGGUCCUUGGCUAUUUACUGAAGAAGAGGACUGGCUAGUACUCAAAGGCAUGCCAAGUGGGUUUACUCUGAGAGUGUGGUGGAUUUCAACUUAUCCUCAAAUGAAUGUGACUGCAUUAGAAUUACUCACUGGACUCCAACUCUAUUAGAUUUGAUUUCAUAUUGAUUUAUCACUGGCAAUAUUGUUUUGUGGGGAUAAGCACCACUGUUAUGGACUUUUCCUAUAUUUCUGCCAUAAUAACAUUGAUGAUCAGGUUGUACCACAAAAUGUCUGGUUGUACCACAGAUGGGCUUUAAACAGGCUGGAAAAAGGCAGCAUUUGUGAGAGAUGUUCUCUUUUUUUUACGCUUUAUUGCAUGGUGUUGCCAGAUGGCAACAACAGCUUUCAUUUUUUGGCACAACAUUAAUUUGUUUUUUUCUUUUUUUUAUGUAUAAAAUGAUUAUUUUUCUUCUGACUACACACCUUUCUGUUGCAGUCUACACAUGAAAAUACUUCCAGCGGACACAAUAGGCACUGAUGUUUACAUAAGUUGAUGAUUUUAAUCAACAUAAUUAUUAUUAUAAACCGUUAUGCACUUGGCGGAUGUUAUGUAUCCAUUAUACGAGGCUUUUGCUUCCUGUAGUGGAUCGGUUUACUCCUGUUCUGGUCAUUGUACUUGAGCCCCAUCCCCCAUUUUUUUUCAAAAUGUUUAAUAUUUUUAUUAUUUAUGCCACUUUCAUUACAAAACAUCAUGAAAAAUUAUAGGAAUUUUUUCCCCCAUGUAUUCCAUAAUUCCUGCUCUAAAUAGUUCAUUUUGUUCAUUUUUAUUGAACUGCUUAUUGUGAUGUGUGACUUUUUUAAUGAGUCACCAAAUCAUGUGUCUGCAAAAGUCCAGGGAUUUCACUAGUGAGUCUGCACUUUGGAAUUUCCUUCAUAUUUCUCCUUUAUCUUUUUAGAUAUGUUUCCAGAUAUGUUUCCUUUUUAGAUAGAUUUCCAAAUCUUUCCUGACUUAUAAAAAAAACUUGCAGUGGAGGUUGCCCAUUUUCACUGUGAUGAUGUCCAGGAUUACUAAUUUUCUUGGGAAGUUAGCCUCUGUGAAUCACUCUCAUUUUACACAAUUGGACUACAGUCAGGUGUGAUGGGAAGUUCUCCUGUGUUCCUUUAAAUAUUAAUUUCACUGAUUACUGGGCUCAGUAAGCACUGAAUCAUCCUUACUGAGUGAGUCAUUUUCAGUGUAGAGAGUGAAAGCAAUGCACUGCCUGUUUAAACUAAUUCAGUUUUUAACUGAUCAAGUGACAUACUUAAGUAUUAAGAGCCAUGGCAUAACUAGGGUCUUUUGGGCCCCAGUUACAAUAAGAAUAUAUAAACAAUACAUAAAUGUAACAAUAACACAAUUAGACUGCAUUUUUAAUGUUUCCUGUUGAUAGAAGCUAACUGGUGAGGUAUGUUGGACCUUUUUGUGAGUGUGCAGUUGUGUCAUAUCUACACGAGAGCAGCUAUUCCACUAACCUCAGAACAGGCACUGUCGUUCCAGUAUACUAGUUUAUUAUUAUUUGUUAAGUCCUUAUGAUUUUCAUUUCAGGUAUAUCUUGUAUUUUGAAUUUUUUUAUUUUGUGCUUUAUUAUGAUUAUUA